AUGCAGACCCGCAACUUGUUCCUCGCCGCGUCGCAGCUGGCUCUCGGCCUUGCCGCUCCGGCCUCCAUGCCCGGCUUCCCGGCCCACCGGCUUUCAACCCGCGAGACUCACUUCAAUGCCAGCCUGCCCAACAUUACCAUCUUUGCCACGGGCGGUACCAUUGCCGGCUCUGCAUCAUCCAACGCCCAGACUACCGGCUACCAGGCCGGUGCUCUCGGUGUCGACAUCCUUAUCGACGCCGUCCCUGAGCUGUGGAACGUUUCCAACGUCAAGGGUGUCCAGGUUGCCAACGUCGACUCCGGCAGCAUCACCCCCGAGAUCCUCCUCAACCUUACCCGCCUGGUCCAAGAGGCCCUCGAUGAUCCGUACUGCCAGGGCGCUGUCGUCACCCACGGCACUGACACCACGGAAGAGUCCGCUUUCUUCCUUGACCUGACCGUCAAGUCUGAGAAGCCCGUCGUCGUCGUCGGCGCCAUGCGCCCUGCCACCGCCAUCAGCGCCGAUGGCCCCAUCAACCUCCUUGAGGCCGUCACUCUCGCUGGUAACCCUGAUGCCAAGGGCCGCGGCACCAUGAUCGUUCUCAACGACCGCAUCGGCAGCGCCUUCUACACCACCAAGACGCACUCCAACUCCCUCGACACCUUCAAGGCCGUUGAGCAGGGCUACCUCGGUUUCUUCCUCGACAUCAAGCCCAUCUUCUACUACCCUGCCGUCCUCCCCUACGGCCGCGUCUACUUCAACGUCUCCGAGGCCACCGAGCUCCCCGAGGUCGACAUUCUCUUCGGUCACCAGGCCCUGCAGCCCGCUCUCGCGACCGCUGCUGUUGAGGCCGGUGCCAAGGGUCUCGUUCUGGCCGGCAUGGGUGCUGGUGGAUGGACCACUCCCGGUCGCGACACCCUCAAGAAGCUUGCUGAGGAGCACGACACCCAGAUUGUUGUCUCCAGCAGAACCAUGGGUGGCUUUGUCGAGGACGACGAUGCGCUCAACACCUACGGCGGCUGGAACCUGAACCCCCAGAAGUCCCGCAUCAUGUUGCAGCUUGCAUUGUACGCUGGCUACACCUCUGAGCAGCUUGAGACCCUUUUCAAGUUCGCCUACUACUAA